AUGACCACCAAGGCAGUUGAGGUGAGUUUGAUAGAGUUAUCCAAUGGGUUGCAGUUAGAGCUUCUUGAAACAGCUUUUGGCCCAGAAUCUCUCGGCAUUAUUAUUAUUAAAGAUCUACCCCAAGAGUACCAUGUACUUCGAUUAAAGGUUCUCAAGAGUAUGUCGCUAUUGGCGAAUCUACCUGAGCUAGAACUCAAAAAGCUCGAGUCUCCUGAAUCUCUGUGGCUUACGGGGUGGUCUUGUGGCAAAGAGUUCUUGAAGUCCACAGGUGGUCCAGAUACGAACAAAGGCUCAUUCUAUGUCAACUGUGCCUUUCACAAAGAUGCUGCCCUUGAAGGACCAGAACUAGCGUUGGUAGAUGAGUUUGAAAAUUUCAAGACAUACACCACGCCGAAUAUUUGGCCACCGCAAGAUGCAGAAGGUUUGGAAUGUUUCCAAGAGAAUGUGAAGAAGUUGGUCAAUAUGAUCAUCAAUGUGGCAGAGAAGGUGGCAGAGAAUUGUGACAGAUACAUUGAAGGCUCACAUUCCAACUACCCUAAAGGAUUCUUAAAGAGAGUAGUUCGGGAUUCAACGUGCUCAAAGGCAAGGUUGUUGCAUUAUUUUCCAAUGAGUAAAGGAGGAGACUCUGACGAUUGGUGUGGAGAACAUCUCGACCACUCAUGCAUCACUGGAUUAACCUCUGCACUCUUUCUUGAUGAAUCAAAGGGUUUGACACAUGCAUUGGACAAGUCUCCAGACCCCAAUGCUGGAUUGUACAUUCGGAAUAGAAACAACCAAGUGCACAAGGUAAACAUACCUACGGACUGUCUAGCAUUUCAGACAGGCUCAGCGUUGCAAGAAAUAUCCAGAAAUAAUUUUAAGGCCGUUCCUCACUACGUUCAAGGUACGUUUAUUCCAAAUAUUGCUCGUAAUACUCUCGCAGUGUUUUGUCAGCCAGACUUGGACGAGCCUGUCAAUGAUGAGGAAAAUUUCGCCCAAUUCGCCGAGAGAAUAGUCAAGAGCAACCACUGA